AUGGACUUGCAAAACCUCCGUCAACGAGGCCGGGCCAAGGCCAGCCACAUUGUCGACAAGACCAAGCUACGGCUCACCGAGCCCGGAAGCUGGGCUCUUCCGAAGCAGGAUAGCAGCAUUGCUCCGCCGGGUGUCUGGACGAAUGCUGAUCAAGACCCUGUGCCCCCGGAGCUCCUCACCUGGAACAAGUGGUCCUUCCUCACGUACUGGUACAGCGACCUGGCCACCAUCUCGGCAUGGAGCACAGCGUCGAGCAUAGUCGCCACCGGCCUCUCGGCGACGGACGCCAUCCUCAUCGUGCUCGUCGCCGGCAUCUGCAACGCCAUCCCCACCGUCCUCAACGGGUGCAUCGGCGCCGACCUGCACAUCCCGUUCCCCAUCGCGGCGAGGGCGAGCUACGGCUACUGGCUCAGCUACUUCUGCAUCAUCAGUCGCGGAGUCCUCGCCCUGUUCUGGUUUGGCGUGCAGAGUGCUGCUGGGGGAAACUGCGUCACUGCUAUGAUACUGGCCAUCUGGCCCAGCUAUGCGGACGUCCCCAACCACUUGCCCGCCAGCAUUGGCGUCUCGUCCCAGGGCAUGUGCUCGUACCUCAUCUACUGGCUCCUCCAGUUCCCCCUGCUCCUGAUACCGACCCACAAGCUCAAUUACCUGUUCAACGUAAAGGCUGUCUUGACCAUUCCCAUGUGUAUCGCCAUGGUCGUCUGGAUCUCCGUCAAAGCCGGCGGGGGGAGCCACUUCUUCAACGCACCUGGGUCGGUAUCUGGGUCUGCUCGGUCUUGGCUGUGGCUAUCUAACCUGACAGCAGUGACGGGAAGCUAUAGCACGCUGGCAGUCAACAUCUCCGACUUCUCCCGCUUCAGCAAAGACAGGUCGGCCCCGUGGUGGCAGCUGCCCUUUAUCCCUAUCCUCAAGACACUCAUGGGCGUCUUUGGCGUCGUAUCCGCCAGCGCGUCGCGCGAGAUCUGGGGCGAGACGCUCUGGGACCCCAUCGACAUCAUCAACAAGUGGCAGGACAACCCGGGAGGUCGCGCCGCCGCCUUCUUCUGCGCGGCCAUCUGGCUGCUGGCGCAGAUCAGCGUCAACAUCAGCGCCAACGCCAUCUCGUUCGCCAACGACGUCACCACCCUCGCCCCCAAGUGGUUCAACAUCCGGCGGGGGACCAUCUUCGUCGCCCUGUUCGGCGGCUGGGCCCUCUGCCCCUGGAUCAUCAUGAGCUCGGCCACCGCCUUCCUCAACUUCAUGUCCGCCUACGCAAUCUUCAUGGCCCCCAUCGCCGGCCUGCUCACGGCAGACUACUGGCUCGUCAAGAAGAGGAAGCUUGACGUGCCCGCCCUGUACGACCCCCAUGGCAUCUACCGCUUCGGCCGAUUCGGCGUCAACUGGCGCGCCCUGGUCAUCAACAUCGUCGUCAUAGUCCCGCUCCUGCCGGCCCUGGGCAACAAGGUCACCCCCCAGAAUGUUCCGCUCAACGAAGGGCUCAAGCACCUGUUCGCCUUCAACUGGCUCUACGGAUACAUCACCUCCCUGUUCCUCUAUUGGCUUCUCAACUACCUCUUCCCCGCAGAGGAGACGCUCGUGCCGGUGACUGUACCGGGUGGCGAUUACAGUGCCAUCCACGGUGUCGAGGCUAAUGAUGUCGAGAGCGGAAACACCACGGGCGAGAAGGACGGCGGUAAGGUGGCAGAGUCUCCGUUGGCCAGAGAACUGUAG